AUGAGCGUCACUUUCGAGGUCUUCCGUGGCUCCAAAGAGGGCAAGAUUGUGGCCGACAAGACCACUCGCACCCUCCAGCCCAACGAGGUUUACAUUGAGACCAGUCACUCCGGCCUCUGUGGUACUGAUGAGCACUACCUUCACUCCGGAAUGGCCCUCGGCCACGAGGGUGUUGGACGUGUCAGCCAAAUUGGUCGUGAUGUCACCAGUGUGAAGAUUGGCCAGCGUGUCGGCUUCGGAUAUACUCACUACGUUUGCGGAACCUGUGAAAAGUGUCUGACUGGCUGGGAUCAAUACUGCGAGAACAAGAAGGAAUACGGAAGCCACGACCACGACCUGGGAUCCUUCGGUGAGGGCACCGUGUGGGAUGCCAACUGUGUGAUUCCUAUUCCCGAUGGAUAUGACUCUGCCGACGCUGCUCCUCUGAUGUGCGCCGGUGCAACUGUCUGGACCGUUCUGUCAGAGUACGGUGUCAAGUCAACAGACCGUGUUGGAAUCAUGGGUGUUGGCGGUCUGGGUCACCUUGCCAUCAAGCUUGCAUCCGCCAUGGGCUGUCACGUUGUUGUGCUGUCCAGCUCCGAGUCCAAGCGCGAGGAGGCUUUCAGCUUCGGUGCCUCCGAGUACCACGUCUUCAAGGCCGGCGAGGAGAUCCCCAACUUCAAGCCCCUGAACCACCUCCUCCUGUGCGGAAGCGCCAGUGUCGACUACCCCUCCCUCAUGCCUCUGAUGGAAGUCCACGGAUCGAUCUACCCCCUCACUGUUGAUCUUUCCUGUACCCCUGUGCCUCUUCUUCACCUUAACCUCAAGGGUGUCAGCAUUCAGGGCUCCCUGGUUGCUUCGCGCCACAGCCUGCGUUCUCUGGUCGAGUUCGCCGCUAAGAAGAAGAUCACCCCCACCACCAUGACUUUCCCUCUGACUGCCAGCGGUGUCGAGGAUGCCAUGGAGACCCUCCGUCAAGGAAAGAUGAGAUACCGCGGUGUUCUGAUCCGUCAGUAA